CCUUACCUUCUGGUCCUGAGCGCCAGGCUUAUCUUAUCAGCCUUCUGCCAUUCCUCGCUGGAAGCAGUAGGAGAAUCCCGAGUCAGUGGCAUAAGUUGACAAGGCUGAAGGAGCAACAUGAGCACCUUUCUGCAAUCUGUCGUGCAAUGGUUUUGGAGUUGCAGCCCCUUGUGUCGGCUGGCGGCGGUGGACUUCGGAAUCCAGUGGGGCGGCUUCGUGGUGGCGGCGCUGCUCAGGACGGAAAAGUUUUACGAUCUUACAGGUUCUAUCACAUACAUCCUCAUUGCCUAUUUGAAUUAUAAAUGGAACAAUUCAGGACAUCCUCGUCAGCUUAUUCAGACAAGUUGUGUCGCCAUCUGGGCUCUCAGAUUAGGAACUUUCCUCUUUACACGGGUCAUGAAAUCGGGACAUGACCGCAGAUUUAAAGAAGCUUUGCAGAAUCCAUCCAUUUUGUGGGUGUUUUGGACGUUGCAAGGGGUAUGGGUCAUUGUCACAAUCCUGCCAAGCCUGUUAGCCGUGCUGUCACCCCGCCAGCGCCCCCUUAGCACAAGAGACUAUGUGGGCUGGGGCAUCUGGCUGGCAGGCUUCCUCAUUGAAGUUGUGGCUGACUACCAGAAGACAGUCUGGAGAAACAAUCCAGCCAAUAAGGACAAGUUCAUCAACACUGGUCUCUGGUCACUGUCCCGCCAUCCCAACUAUUUUGGAGAGAUCAUGCUCUGGUUUGGCCUUUAUGUCAGUGCCUCAUCUACCUUCUCAGGCUGGGAAUACCUCACAAUCUUGUGCCCACUGAUGGACUACCUGCUCAUCACCCGUGUCUCUGGGAUCCCCAUGCUAGAGAGCUAUGCAAUGAAGAAGUGGGGCACCUCACCUCAGUACAGGGCAUACUACAAGAACACCCCUGAGCUUAUUCCCUUUUUCAGAUAGGCUCCACUGUCUACUUUUUGUUUUGACCUCUUCUGGUUGCUUUCCAAAAUGGAUUCCAUUUUAUGAUUUAAUAUGUAUUGAAAGUAAGUGAUGUACAGCAGUUUAUACUCAGGAAGUAGGAGGUAUAAGAAUGAAUUAAAAGCAGGAAAAAAUGAA